AGGAACAAUGAUCGUCUAAUGGUACAUCGUCAAACUCAUUCAUUGAGAUUAGAUAUCGACGGCAAAAAAGGCGAAGACAGUAUUCCCGAUCAAACUCCAACACCAACAAGGUUUUUCAACAACUGUGAUGAACGAGGAUUGCCUAAUAAACUGGGUGAAAAUUACGAUCCAUUUAACAUAGACUUUAUCACAGCAACAAAACAACCCCAUGAAAAAAAGAGCGUCGAAAGUGCUGUGGUGAACAGGCCUAUCACGUACAGUCUUCAAACCCCAAAGGCAUUCGAACAUGCUGGACAACUAGGUUCCAAUGACCAACCAUUUGUGUGUAACGUUCCGGAAUGGCGCCAGAUAUUCAGGAACAAUGGUCGUCCAAGGAUAGAUCGUCAAACGCAUUCAUUGAGAUUAAACAUCGACGGCGAAAAAGGCGAAGACAGUAUUCCCGAUCAAACUCCAACACCAACAAGAUUUUUAAAGAACUGUGAUGGAGAAGGAUUGUUUGAUGAACUGGGUGAAAAUGACAACCCAUUUGAUAGAGAAUUUAUUACAGUAACAAAACAACCAGAUGACAUUGUCAUCGACACAGGCCUGUCACGUACAGUCUUCAAACGUAGUCAGUCGCCAAUGCAUUCGAACAUGCUAAACAAGGAAGAAAGGUCCAAGUUAAAUUCCCCACUGACUCGGUUUUUUGAUGCCCAAAAAAGGAAUACAGGUACUCGUAAGGCCAUUCCACAAUUCUUUACCUACCCUGGUAAUGUCGUUUCAAAGGCUACCCCCACUCCACCUGAAAUACUUCACAAUACCAUUGCUCAGUCCAUUCCAACCCGAGAUAUUGCAUAUGAUGUGGUAACGCCAACUAAAACUUGGGAAUCUUGUUCCGUUGCAAAAAGAUCAAAAAAGGAAAACCAAGAAAAACAAAGCAAUAAAAAUCUCGGGAUAAGCUCAAGGGAGAUUUUGAAGUCCAUUAAACAUUGCGAGAAAUUCCAGAUUUUGAAGAAUAUGGAUGUGGGAAAGCUAAAGAAGGUUGGACCACAGCUACAGUAUUUUGCAACACAGAAGAAUUUAUUGCUUGGGCAUGGUUCAUAUGGUACGUCUGUUUACGUGGGGAUUUUACAAGAUGGUAGCGAAGUUGCCGUAAAAAGAGUAUUGCGUGAAGCUGCCGAUGAGAAUGAAGUUGCUGUCUUGAAACGCAUGGACAAAACGAAAUCGCCAUAUAUUCUGAGCUAUCGCCAUUUUCUCGAGGACAAAAACUUCAUGUAUUUAAUUCUGGAUCUUUGUGAAGAAACAUUGAAAGAAUACGUAGAAUCACACAAUAUUCUUCACCUGCGAGAAGAAGGCCCGAGGAUGAUCAAGGAGAUUUUACUUGGUAUUAAAUUUCUUCAUGACCAAGGAAUCUUGCACAGAGAUCUCAAGCCAUCAAAUAUAUUGGUUGAUCUAAAAGGUCAGAUGAAAUUAGCAGACUUCGGAAUCAGCCGUGUUUUGAAAGAAAAUCAAACAACAGUUAAAACUUUUGCGAAAGGAACACAAGGCUGGAUGGCUGCCGAAGUUAUACAAGCGGGUAAUGAAGAAAGAAUUGGACGUUAUAAGAAAAAAUCUGAUAUCCAAUCGAUUGGUAUGAUUGCCUUUUUCAUUUUAACUGGCGGUCAACACCCCUUCGGAGCUACUUUGCAAGACCGUAUGACGAAUAUCUCAAAGGGAAAUCCAGUUGAUUUAGACGCACUUGAUUAUGGUGACGCCAAACGGUUUGUGACAUGGUUGAUAAGUCAUGAUCUUGAUAAUCGACCCUAUGCUCGUGAAGCGUUGGAGCAUUCUUUUUUGCAAAGCAUUAAAAGAGUUGAGGAAUUUUGAUAUAAUUUCAAUCAUUAUUACAGCGAUAUAAGCAUAGAUGAUUGCCAUAUGGCUAUGGAAAAGGCAUCUUUUAGACUUUUUAUGACCUAAAUUUAUAACUGAACACAUUUGUAACUGAACGCCAUAGUUUAAUUAUAGUGGAGCCAUAAUUUAAAAACUUUUUUGAAAAUAUUU